AUGGGUCGAAACAAACAAACCAAGAGUGAUAAAAAGUACAAGAAGAAUAAAAAGUUGGUGAAGGCCAAGAUCAAAACUCAACGUAUGACACAAGAGAAGAAAGUACGAGAGGUGAUUAGGAAUGAAAAAUUGAAAAAUGAGGAUCUUUCCGAUUCCGAAAAGGAGGAAGAACAAUUGGAACAACAUUACUUGAAGGCUGUGAACAAGAAGAAGCCUUCUUCCACCUCCGUAUCAAAACAAUCAUCGGAAAACAAAACUUCUAGUAGUGGAACCAUCUCAAAAGAAGAAAUUGCAGACUUUUUUGAAAAGUUAAAGGCUGAAGGAGGUAAAACCACAAAAGAAGAGGAAGAAGAAAUCCAACAAUUAAUUUCCGGAGUGGAUGAAGAUGAUGAGGAGGAAGUCUAUGAUGGUGGAGAACGAGAAGAGGGCGACUCGGAGGAUCACGAUGAAAAUAUUCCUGCUGACCAAGAAGACGAUGAACAAGAUGAAGCCUAUUUCCAAAGAAUUGCCGAUGAAAUUGAAGAGGAGAAUGAAAAACAAGUAAAAGAAUUUGGUUCCCGAAUCAAAGUUACAAAGGCUCUCAUUGCACGAUGGGUGAAGAAGAUUAAGUCUAGCAAUGCAGUGCAACCAUUGUUCCAUUUGGUGUUAUGCUUCCGAUCGGGAUUGAAGAAGGAAGCGUCAUCAGAUGAAAAGAAAAAGAAGAAAGAUGAACCUGAAAUUCCAUAUGUGGUUCCUGAUGCAGCCACAUUCGCAAGAGUAGCCAUGGCUUGUGUCAAAUGUUUGGGAGAUUUGGCCACAAUAUUAACCAAAUAUGAACAAGGAUCAAACAAGAUGCCUGCAAAAUACUCUGGUUGGAAACAAGUGAAAUUAGCUCUCUCAACAUUUAUUAAUGCAUUUUACACAUUAAUGGAAAGUAGUGUGGACGAAAAACUCUUGAUUUAUAUUUUGCAUUAUUUCACAAGACUUGUCCCAUUUUAUGGGCUAUUUGAGGCACAUCCAAAGAAGAUUUUACGAAUCAUGCUCAAUUUAUUAGGUCACACUAAUGAGGACGUGAGAGUGAGAGCCUUCUUAAUUAUCAACUCAAUGGCUGUCAUUUAUCCAUAUCCAUUCCUUGAAUUGUGUAUUAAGGGAGUUUAUUAUACACUCUUGAGAAAUUCAAAAGGAUACAACCCAUCGACAUUCCAACAAAUUGAAUUUUUAAAGAAUUGUCUCGUCGAGUUGGCCUCUAUCAACUUUAACAGUACCUUCCAACAUGCUUUUAUUUAUAUUCGAGAACUUUCCAUCACAGUGAGAAGAGCCAUGGAUACAACGGUACAAAAUGGUUAUGCCUUGUGCUACAAUUGGAAAUUCUUCCAUUGCUUGGAUGCAUGGGCAAAAGUUGUUUGUGCCUACUGUAAACAAGAAAAGAUUGGCGAAUUGCUGUAUCCAAUCACUCAAAUUGCCAUGGCUGGUCUUGGUUUGAGCAAUUCGGCCAAGCAUUAUCCAUUCAAGAUCAAACUAUUGACCAUGCUGAACGCCUUGUCUCGAGAGUGUGACCGAACCUUUAUUCCAAUUUCACAAUUUAUUUUUGAAAUUCUCCAAUUGAAACAAGCCACAGAGACGCCCAAACAAAAUCAAAAACCACAACCUUUGUAUUUUGAGUUCAAACUGAAAGCAAUGCCUGAGGAACUCAAAUCUAGGGAAUUCCACCAAAGAAUCAUUGAUGAUUGUUGCUUUUUGCUUUUGGAUCAUUUGGCUACACAUAGCAAAUCUGUUGCCUUCCCAGAGCUUUCGUACCCAAUUACCAGUUUUUUGAAAAAGUAUGUCAAGAAUCAUAGUGAGACUCUGCAUUUUGGUAUUGCCAAGCAAAUUACCAAUCUUGUAAAGCACGUCAACGACAAUAUUAUUUUUGUGAAUGAAGCCAAAUCUAAAAUAUCCUUCACGCCUCUCGAAUUUGACAAGGCAAAUCAAUUUUUGCAAGACACAGAGACACCUCUCGAAAAAUACUAUGCUACUGAGAAGAAGAGACAAGACCGAGAAUUAUUAGAGAGAGUUGCAGCUAAAUUGGAUGAGAAGGUCCUCUUCGAAGAUGGAGAGGAUGAAGAAGAGUCAGCCCUCAGAGAAAUUGAGGAGACCAAAUUAAAGAGAAAGAGAGCCUCCACCACCGCCGCAGACGAAGAUGAAACCACACAAUCUGACGAAAAAGAAACCAAGAAGAAGAAAAAGUCGACCACUUCCAAGACCACAUCGAAACAGGACACACUCAAAGAAUUGGAUUUGGAGAAUUUUUAA